AUGAUCGAGGAGAGUCUAGAGCAUCAGGUGGACGAUCACAUGGGCUGUGAGAAAGAUACAGAAAAUGAGGAGGGAUUGUCAAGCGGGAUGACUGAACAAAACAAGAUGCCAGAGGAAAAACCAAAUGCUCAAGCUGAAGUAAAGCUGCGGCCCAAAGACAGACUGAGCCCUCAUGAUGCAAAGGCAAUGGUUCACAGGUUAUCUCCAGAUUUCCCUGACGCUCUGUGUGAGCUGUUGUUCGCGUUACAGGAGGGCCGACGGCUCAACGACCAGCGCUGUUCGUUCCGCCUGGAACACCGUAGAAGAUGCUACUCCGAGCCCAGCACUCCUCGCCACAGUCAGAGAGUGGUGUUCUCCUCCAUGACGUCCCUGCAGAAGGAGGAGUUCUUCGACCUGCUGGCGACCUCUCAGGGCCGUCGCCUGGACGAGCAGCGAGCCGAGCUCCUGGAGGCCCCCCCGCCCGUCCUGACCACCGUCGAAAUCCUGGAGGCCCCCCCGCCCGUCCUGACCACUGCCAAACUGAGGAAGAGCAGCUGCAAGGUCACAGAGGUCACCCGAAAGCUUCCCACGCAAACACCCAAAGAGGACUUAUACAACAUGAUCGUCAACUCGCAAGCCCAGGGGCGUCUGGAGGAGCAGCGCAGCUCGGCCCCGGGGCCCAUGGACGAUGAGGAUUUCUUCUCUCUGUUGCUGAAGGUCCAGGGAGGACGGAUGGAGGAACAGAGAACAGACUUCAAACCCGCGCAUUAAUACAUCAAGCUUUACUGUGUGUGUGUGUGUGUGUGUGUGUGUGUGUGUGUGCGUGUGUGAGUUCAUGAUGCCAGACUCUUUCCUGUCCACAUAUGAAUAACUAUAAAGAUCAGACUACCGAUAUAAGAAUACUUGCACUACUUUUCAACAUUGCUACAUUUAUUGCGCUUGAAUGAAUUCACAGCUUUAUAGGGAUGAUGAAUAUUUCUGCUUUACAUGUUCAGGGUCAUUUGAAGGAUCUUUGCCUCUUUCUGUUAUGUACAUGCUACAGUAUUGAAAUGAAAAUAAAUGUUUUGAGUGUUAA